AUGAAGACCUUUGUCAGUCCUGGAAAUGCUGCAUGCUGCAGUGUAUUGUCAUUCUGUGGUAUCAUUUUCCUUUUUCUACUUGGAUUGGCCUUUGAUGCUCGUGUGGAAGUGUUGACUGAAUUCAUGGACGACCCUGACGAUCCCUCUGCUACUGCACAAGCUUGCUUCACGGCUGCUAUCGUAUACGCGUGUUUCCUUGCUUUCUGUGGCUGCCAGUCACUUGUGCACAAAUACAACUCACGCAACCAGAUCCAACUGUAA